AUGAAAGCCAUAAACCGCAGUUUAACCAAACUGCACAAACUUCGUAUGUAUCCAUAUAGAGGAGUACUGUUCUUCGCCUGCAUAACAGCUCAGGGGUUUGGGCUUAAUUUACAAAUUCAUGAGUUCUACUCGAAGUCUUUUGUACCCAAUGAAAUACUUAUCAGUUAUAAUGUAGAGAACAUGGAGGUUCUCACCUACAAUUUGACCGUUAAGGAGCACUUCCCUGGUAAGCUGCUGAUGCACGUCUUUGUUCGUAGGCUAGACGAUGUGCCCGGCGGGUCGCACACCUACGACUUGAUCAAAUUCAAGAACUUGGAUUUUUGUAAGACACUCGAUUCGUUGCGUAAUAUGACCAUAGAUGAUGUACAGGGCGAGUCUUUAUUACCAUCUACGUUCUUAAUGUCCUGUCCAUUGAUGCCGGGCUUUUAUUACGUGGACAAAACAUAUAUCACUGAGAAUGCGUUGCCCUUGAACAUCGUUGAUGGCAGAUACUUAGCCCAAUUCGAACUGAUUCAGGUCUACGAAGAGGUAACCAGAUUAAUGAACUGCAAACUGAAGCUGACCAAGAAGUCUUUUGACACAGAGAUGCAGAUACAAAUCGGAAUAGAAGAACAUAAAGCAAGCUAA